AUGGCCUCUGCCGCCGACAUCAACCUGGACGACAUUUUUGGCGCGCCCCCGAGUCAUCCGGCUGCCGCGUUGGCUACCGAGAGCAACGGGUUUAACCAUACGUACACCUCGGAGUCUCGCUAUGAAUCACAUUUUGAGCGUCACGACUCUGCCGUUACCACCGAGUCAUCACGUCACUCGGAAAUGAGCCGCCAUUCCACGCACUCAAACGUCGGGUACCACAAUGCGCAUCCGAUCUUCAAAUCCGUGACCCUAGCUCCCGUCGAAUACACCACCAACCCUCGCAGCUAUGAGGCCGAGGCCCUCCACCAUCUUGACCAUCUUGAUCAGGACCUGGCUGCUCACCCGGAGCCCCCAAGCCCCGCACCGCAGGACCACCACGAUGUCUUCCACCCACCUGGCCGCGAUCGCGUCCACACCGGUGACUCAACUCUGUCGGGCCGUACCGAAUCGACCAUCAAGGACCACGAAUCCGAAGAGUACGACACUGUCGCCCAGCUGGAACCCAGGAAGCCAGCCGUUACUGACUUCAACCGUCGUUUCUCCACCCUCACCAUCGACUCGCAAAUCUCAACAGCUGAGACACGUUUCGGUGACUUUGAUGUCCACGAUCGUGAUGGAAAGAUGAACAGCCAAGAUUUGACCCUGGAACACAAUGAAGUCGCCUAUGAGCGCCCGAAGAAGAAGAAGCAGGCCCCAGCCGCGGCUUCUGUUACAGCGCCGGUGCAUACCGGUGAUACCUGGAGGCUAAACAAGCUGAACAGCGAGAUCUUGGAAGCCAAGCGAGUCGAGGCGCUGCUCGAGGAGCGGGUCCGCCUGGAAAAAUUGGAGCUUGAAGCCUUGCGCCAACGACAAACUCAUGCUGGAAAGACACCAUCACGCAAUUCCAGCCGAACAAACUCUGAGAACCACCGCCGCCCCUCAGACCAUGUCUACGAUGAGCCUUACUACGAUCUGGCUGAUCUGCACCACAGCCAACAGAACAACCACCAGAUCCAUCACAACAACAAUCACCAUCAUCAUCACCACAGCCGCACCAACUCCACAGCCACCAGCGUCCCGGCCAGCAUCGGAAAGCGCAGCACGAAGAGCAGCGAUUCGAUCAUUGAAGAGGAGGUUAAAAUCAGCCACCUUGCUGCGUCCGUCCGACACCACGGACAUCAAGUUCAUGGAUAUGCCAAGAACCCCAAGGUCAGGAAGUUCGUCUUCGGUGGAGAACAAGCCCCAACCGCUGACGACAAGACGGUUCUUCUUUUUGGCCCUGCUGGAUCUGGAAAGAGCAGCUUGAUCGAUUCGAUGCUCGACUAUUUGUAUGAUGUGAAGCGUGAGAAUCCUUUCCGAUUUGUCGUCUCGCAGCAUCAUGCCCCAACCACCGAAUUGACCGCUUACGAGUUCAACAACACUGUUUUGCCAUUCAAGUUUACCAUCGUCGACACCCCUGGUAUCCCGGACGUCAAGGGCACGAAGACAUGCUCUAGCCUUAUUCAGCACUGGCUGAAAAAUGAGCUUCUUGCUGCCGGAGCCUUCCGUCUUGAUGCGAUCUCAAUUGUGCUUCGUCACGAUGAAGUGAAUCUUGGGUGGCCAUUCAUCUAUGAGCUGGCUGCCGUUAGGCAGAUGUUUGGAGGAGACUUGAAGACCAAUGUUUUGCCGAUCGUUACCCAUUCUGAGGUUCUCCCCCAGCCUCUUGCCAUCCGUUCAUUGGCCCAGGCUAACAUUUCGUUUGUUGAAUACUACAAGGUCAACAACGCUGGUUUCUCCCCUGAUCCAGCUGGCCUCUCCAAACUGAAGCAUCAGCUUUUCCACAAACACGGCAUGGCUUCACUCGAGAAUUACUUCAAGGACCUGCAAGAAAUGAUCCACCCGCUCCUUGCCGUCCUCAGGAACUCUCACCAAUCACCUAAAAGCCCAGUUUUUGAAACAGCCGAUCUGUAU